UUAGUACCCACUACCCACCAAACCAUCCAUAUUCCCCGACUCAACUUUCGUUUUUCACAUUCCUUUCCAAGCUUAAUGGAUUGGACCCGUGGCAGAACCAUUGGCCGCGGCUCCACUGCCACCGUUUCUAUAGCCACCGUUGACCAGUCCGGUCAUUUAUUUGCUGUUAAGUCUUGUGAGCUCUCGCAGUCGGAAUCUCUUAGAAAGGAACAGAGCAUUUUGUGUACGUUAAGCUGCCCUCAAGUUGUUGCAUAUAAAGGGUGUGUCAUUUCGUCCGAGAAUGGUAAGCUUCUAUACAAUCUUUUCCUGGAAUAUGCUCCUAGUGGCACCGUCACCGAUGCAAUUCAGAAGCACGGUGGUUGCCUUGAGGAGGACAUGGUUCGAUCCUACACUCGUGGGAUUUUACUCGGGCUUGAAUUCCUGCACUCUCGACGAAUAGUGCAUUGUGACAUCAAGGGCCAGAAUAUUUUGGUCACCGAUGACGGGGUGAAAAUCGCCGACUUGGGUUGCGCCAGGAGAGCUGAUGGGACGUCGGGCGCCUCUUGGUCGGUUGCUGGCACCCCUGUUUACAUGGCUCCAGAGGUGGCGCGUGGCGAGCAACAAGGAUUCUCAGCUGACGUGUGGGCACUUGGAUGUACGGUAAUCGAGAUGGCUACCGGACGAGCACCGUGGCCUGAUGUUGGCGACCCUGUUUCUGCACUGUACAGAAUCGGGUAUUCAAAUGAUGCCCUGGAAAUACCAAACAUGAUUUCGAAACAGACAAGGGAUUUUCUAAGCAAGUGUUUGAGGAGAGACCCUGCCGAGAGAUGGUCGGCAACGCAACUUCUUUCGCACGAUUUCGUAAAGGAAUCGAAGGAACCCGUUGGUUCUAUAUCGGAGACACCCAACAACGUACUGCACCCACACUUCUGGGACUCCGUUGAAGAGUUGGAGACAGUUCAGAUUGCUUCCAACAAGUCUUUAAUGGAAAGGAUCCGACAAUUGGGUGAAGACAAUCUUGUUUUGUCAUCAAAAUUACCCAGUUGGGAAUACGAUGAAAAUUGGGUGACAGUGAGGAACAAUGUCAAUUUGGAAGUGGAACUGUUACCUAACAAACUGGACCAUAACUUUUUACACGUCGAUGAAUCUACAAGUAGGCUGAGCGAGGAUUAUGAAAUAGUGGUUGAUUACUAUCUCACAAAGAAUAGUGGGCAAAACAGUUUAGCCACUAACAGCGAGAGAGAUGAGAGUAGGCAUAAAUUAACUUCAUUUGCAGCAUGUAAAUAUGUAUUUUACAUCUUAUGUAUGAAUUUAAAUUACUUUAAUGAUAAGUGUUUUUUUAAUCCACCUUUUACCACGCUGCAAUCUCUUUUAAUGAAUCUAGGUUCUAUAAACUUCUUCCAAGGAAAUAAAGGAAACAGACAAGGAACCUAA